GAAACAGUUACGUGAAAUUAUAUAGUGAUGAUUAGAAAAUAAGAUUACGAUAUUUACGAUUAUGCGAUUAUACAAUUUUUGGAAACAAGUAAAGAAAAAGAAAAGAAAAAAUAAAUUUGCUAUUACCUCGUAUUCGUUUACUUUAAAUUUUGACACAAGGCAUUUAACAAUUAAUUUGGAUACUUUCAUUACUGAACAAAACUAUAAUUUUCGGAAGUUUUGCAAGACUUGUACAAAAGAAAAAGAAAGGGUCGUUACGAAAUUAACCACUAUCGUGCAUCGUUUAAGUGCUUGUCUACUUACAUCUAUAAAAGACGAGCAAUUAGAUGAACUAUGGUAUUCAAUAUUUAUGCUUCAUUGCAAAAACGCAGGACAGUUUACUCGCGUUUAUUUACAGAAAUAAAAGACGAAAUUAUCGAUUAACUUAAAGAAGAAAAGUAUACGAAAAAAGGAUCAAUUUGUCCCUGAACGUAUAUUUAUUUCUUUGUUCUGUAUGUGGCGGCAUAAGCCACCACAAGGGUAUCGAAGGCGGAGCUAUAAGAAAGGUGUAACUGGAAAUUAUAAAAGAGCGGUCAGUAGUCAAGAGGAGGCAGUCUCCUUCAAGUGUUCACCUGCGCGACUACGAAUCGGAAUCUCGAGCGAUCGAUAAGUACAUUAAUUAUCGAUAAUUUAAAAACGGCUUGAAAAAUUAACGAGAUGGGAACAGCGGUCGAAUGGGUAACAGCGGAGGACGCGUACGAGUGCACCCUCUCGAAGGAGACGCAGCAAAUCUCGAAGGAGGAGCUGAGAGAGGAUAAGAAUACCAGAGACCAAGCCCUCGAGCAAAUACGUAACUGGAUAAAAUUGAAUCCGCGUAUUCAGAAUUGUCGUCUUGAUGCGCGAUUUUUGUUAAGAUUCCUAAGAUGUAAAAAAUUUAACGUCCCAAUGGCGGAGGAAGCGAUCGAGAGAUACUUGCUGCUGCGCCAGGUCUACCAUCCUGCUUUCAACAAUUUGGACAUCACGGAACCAACGAUGGAGGAGCUGUUGUCUUUGGGAUAUCUAUUCGCUGCACCCGGGCGUGAUGCUAAAGGCCGUCGUGUCAUAAUUGCCAGACCAGGUGUCUUUGAUCCGCAUAAGUACACGAAUGCUGAUAUGUGUAGAAUUCACGCGAUCACUUACGAGUGUUUGAUGGAAGACGAGGAAAGUCAAGUACGAGGUUUCGUCCAUUUUGCCGAUGGUGCUGGUGUUAGCUUUCCGCAUUUGACGCUCUUCACACCCAAGGAGGCUGUCCGUAUCGUGAAAAAUGGCGAGCGAACGAUACCUAUGCGACAUAAGGAAGUUCACGCGAUUAACACGCACCCAUCUUUAAAAUUUGCCCUCGAUUUUGGUAUGUCGCUCAUCUCGGAAAAAAUAAAGAAACGUGUGAAAAUUUACACCAGCCUCGAAGAAGCGAUCAAUCACAAGAUGGACACGAGUUUAUUGCCUAAAGAGUACGGUGGCACGAUGCCUAUGAAAGAAAUGAUUGAAUUAUGGAAGAAAGAAUUGCUCGAUAUGACGCCAACAUUGUUGAGCCACGAUAAAAUGCGGGUGAAUUUGGAAUUGUACUCGGAAAAAGCUCGAGAGGGGGCGGUUUCAGCUUUGAAACAAGGCUUCGGAUGUUCCGAUAUCGGACCCAACGACUCGACCAUGUACGGGAUCACGGGCUCUUUCAGGAAACUCGAAGUGGACUGAAACGCAUUAUCGCGUCUACGCAUAACGCAUACAUGUAUCAAUCCAGUUGGAUAUUCUAUUGUAAACUUAUUCUAUCUAUUGGAACAAUGUUAUCAAGUUUUUUAUAAGUAGUCAUUAAAUGUGAAAUCUCGUUAAGAUAUUACUCGUGGAUAUAAAAAAAAGGCAGUGAAAUUUCGAUCUCGUUAAUGCAAUGUAAUUUUGCGGCCGAUAAAUUUUUUAAAGCAAUAAUUGUAUAAGCAUAAAAUUGAUAAUGAAUUGACUUAGGUUUACGCUCGGUUAAUUAUAUUAUAUAAGUUGCGUAUUUCAUUGCAUUCUAGUUAUUUGUAAAUAAUAACAUUUGGAAAUAAAUAUAUAUUUUCUUACACUUA